AUGCUAGGCAAAGCUAACAUAGCCGCACAGCUAGAUCAAGGGUACAAGAUCUCGGUGAAAAAGCACAAUGAAGAAGUGGACAAGAAUAGGCACGUCUUGUCUAAAAUAAUUGAUUGUGUGAAAUUUUGUGGGGGCUUUGACCUGGCUUUGCGUGGCCACGACGAGGCUGACACAUCCGACAACCCCGGCGUUUUUCUGGGUUUAGUUAAUCUACUGGCCUCGUUAGAUAGCGUGUUGGAGGAUCACCUUAAAACGGCUACGGUUUUCAAAGGCACCUCAAAGACGGUGCAAAAUGAACUUUUGGACUGCAUGUUAUCAGUUUGUAAAGACUACAUUCUGGAGGAAGUAAAAAAUGCCAGUUAUUUAGUUAUUCAGGCGGAUGAGACAACUGACAUUUCCACCCACUGCCAGUUAGUGCUUGUGCUACGCUACAUCGACCCGCAUAACAACGUCCAGGAGCGUUUUUUUGAGUUCAUUCCUCUUCAGAAUGCGAAUGCUGACACAGUUGCCACCGCGCUGAUGGAGAGGCUGGGCACUAUCCUCCCCGAUGGACAACAGGGCAAACUAAUCGCCCAAGCCUAUGACGGUGCAGCGGUGAUGAGGGGAGCUAAAGGUGGAGUUCAGCGGAAAGUGAAGGAUGUGUACAGUAGUGCGCACUACAUCCACUGCUAUGCGCAUCAGCUGAACCUAAUUAUGCAGCAGGCAACAUCCCACAUCCCCAAGAUAAGAACAUUUUUUUCAGACCUUGGUGGAUUUGCUGCAUUUUUCUCCAGGUCAUUCAAGCGAACUGCGAUCCUGGAUCAAGUGGUGGCACACAGACUUCCUGGCACUUCCACAACAAGAUGGAACUUUCACAGUCGUGCUGUUAACACUGUAUAUGAGCACAAGGAGAACAUCCUGAGGUGUUUCCAGACGAUCAGAGACUCAGGUGACUUUGAUCCCAUAACAGUGAGAGAAGCCGGGGGCUUUGUGCGAAUGAUGGAAGAUGAAGUUUUUUGCUUUUUCCUGACAUUGUUCCACAAGAUCAUGCCACAUGUAGACAUGCUGUUUAGCCAACUGCAGAAGAGGAACAUCGACUCUGUCUACAUCACAGGACUCAUCAAGAGGUUCACCAGCAGCAUACAAACAAUCAGGGACUCCAUUCCUUCUGGUGAAAGCAGUGGAUCUCAGCAGCUGCCCACAAAGAAACGGAGGGGACUUGGACAUGAAGAGCAACAGCUGUUGGCUAGAGAGGUAUGUGAUACCAUACUGAGUCACGCAAAGGAGAGAUUUUCCUUCACCAAACACCUCAUCAGCUCCACCCUCCUGCAAGGAGACCUGUUCCAGCAGCACAGCCGAACAUUCCCUGAAGCAGCGCUGGAAACAACUGUGGAGGCCUACCCUCUACUGGACAAGGCAAAGCUCAAGACGGAACUGUCCCUCGUCUAUGACAAUGACCAGUUCAGGGCUUGCAGUGGUGCUGUUACUCUGCUCCAGUUCUUCCUUGACAAUAAUCUGCAGGAGACAUUUACAGAGACUGUCAGUCUUCUGAAGGUUCUUGUAACCAUGGCUACGGCUGAGGCAGAGAGGUGCUUUUCCACUCUGAAAAGGAUAAAGACUUUCUUGAGGAACAGCAUGACACAGGAUCGCCUGAAUGCUCUGGCUAUGCUGUCAAUUGAGAAAAAACUCAUUAGGAGCAUUCCUGACUUCAACACCAGAGUCAUUGAGAGGUUUGCCACUCAGAAGGAGAGAAGGGCAAAAUUCCUCUACAAAUAG